ACCGGGUAAUUAGUAAUAUUCACAUGCAAAAAAUGGCGGUUAUUUGUAUAUUUAUUUAAACAUUUUUUUUAGUAAUAACUAUUACAUAUGUUGCAUUUAAUAAAAUAAUGACAAGUUCAGCUACAAAUACGGCAGCGACAGCGACAACAAAACAAUAUGGAAUAACUUCACCUAUAAAUUUGUCAGGUCCUAAAGAAAUUGAUGAAGAACUCACAAAAUCUCUGGAAGAAACAUUGAAAGAUUAUGGGGUCUUUGAGACACAAGAGCAAAUCCAACACAGGAUGGUUGUUUUGGGAAAACUGAACAAACUAGCUUUAGAAUGGAUUGUUAAAACGUCAAUCGCUAAGAAUAUGCCAGAGUCUGUUGCAAAUUCUGUUGGAGGCAAAAUUUUUACAUUUGGAUCAUUUCGUCUUGGAGUUCACACCAAAGGUGCUGAUAUUGAUACUUUGCUUGUUGCACCAAGGCAUAUUGAACGAGCAGAUUUCUUUGGUUCAUUUUAUGAAUUUUUAAAAAACAGAGAAGAAACAAAGGAUUUGCGGGCUGUAGAAGAAGCAUUUGUUCCAGUCAUUAAAAUGAACUUUGAUGGUAUUGAGAUUGACUUGUUAUUUGCACGACUUGCUCUUACUACGAUUCCAGAAGAUUUGGAUUUAUUAGAUGAAAAUCUUCUCAAAAAUUUAGAUGCUCGUUGUGUUCGCAGUUUAAAUGGUUGCAGAGUCACUGAUGAAAUUCUUCAUUUAGUUCCUAAUAUUGCCAAUUUCAGAAUGACACUGAGAGCUAUUAAACUUUGGGCUAAAAAUCAAUUUGUUUAUUCAAAUGUUCUUGGAUUUCUUGGUGGUGUGUCUUGGGCCAUGCUUGUAGCUCGAAUAUGUCAGCUUUAUCCAAAUGCUAUUGCUGCAACUCUUGUGCAAAAGUUUUUUCUGAUUUAUUCAAAAUGGGCAUGGCCUCAACCAGUCCUUCUUAAACAAAUGCCAACUGAAAACAAACUUAAUUUUCCUAUUUGGGAUCCAAGAAUGAAUCCAGCUGAUCGAUUUCACCUUAUGCCAAUUAUUACUCCAGCAUAUCCACAACAAAAUUCUACAUUUAAUGUGUCAAUGUCUAGUCGUACUGUAAUGCAAGAUGCAUUUAAGCGAGGUUUUCAAGUAAUGGAAGAGAUUUAUUCUAAAACCUCAACUUGGAAAGCGUUAUUUGCACCAGCUAAUUUUUUCCAAAAAUAUAAACAUUACAUUGUUUUGAGUGCUUAUUCCAACAGCAGUGAGCAUCAUCUAGAAUGGGAAGGUUUGGUUGAAUCAAAAAUUCGUAUACUUAUUGUUAAUCUUGAAAGAAAUCAAUUUGUAAAACUUGCUCAUGUGAAUCCUAAAUCGUAUGAUCCUAUUCUUAAAUCUGAAAGUGGCACUGUAUCUCGUUGGUUUAUUGGUCUAGAAUUUCAAAAACCAGAAGGCACUGAAAAUGUAAAUGUGGAUAUCACAGCUGAAAUACAAUACUUUACCAGCACUGUACAUAAACAAGCUUGUCAAAUUGCAAUAUUUCGAGAAGGAAUGCGAACAGAGGCCAGACAUGUAAAAAAAAAGCAAUUAAGUAAUUAUCUUCCAAACACAGUAUUAAGAUUGAAAAAAAAAAGCUCUUUGAAUGGGGGGAGCGAAAAACAAAGAAGUUCUUUAUCGGAAUGUUAUUCAGAGAAAGGUGAAUCAAAUGAUGCAUUCAGCCAAGAUUCUAUGCAGGAAGCUAAUGACCUAAAUAUGUCAGAAAAGUUAUUUGUAAACGAUCCUCCAUCAAGUAAUGAAGAAAUCGAAACACUUUAUCAAAACGAUACACCAAAACAACAAGGACUUAAACAACAUGGAGUAAAGCGACCAAGUUCGCCAAUAUGCUUAGAUGAAAGUCCUUUAAAAAGAAUAAGAGAACAAAUGAAUGAUACAGCAAAGGACUUGAAUGAUACAUCAAAACAGCAAGGACUUGAUAAACAUGGAGUAAAGCGACCAAGUUCGCCAAUAAGUCUAGAUGCAAGUCCUAUAAAAAGAAUAAGAGAACAAAUGGAUAAUGAAUUAGUUGAUGAUGGAAGUGAUAUUCCGGAUACAGAAGUAUUGAUUCCACAAGAUGAAUUAUUAGACACUAACCAAUUACAACCAAUCCAAGUGAACAAUGUUAAAAAAGGAGCAAUUAAACUUAGACUUAAUAAGUGAAUUUCUCUUUUUUAAAGUUUAAUAUUCGUUAUACCAUCAACAUCUGUCAUAAAGUAGUCGAUUUGAUAGCAUUUAUGCAUUUAUGGGAAAGCUUUAUGUUAGGCAGCUCAAGAUACAGUCUUAGAAACCCCAACAAAUAUGUGAAUGAAAAUAUUUGAAUACAUGUUGUUACGUUAACGUUCUUCUAUCAACACAAAAAUAUAAUAAAAAAGAACAUAAGCUUCAUAUAUUUUUAUAUGAUCAAACUAUAAACAUUUGUUGUUUUAUCAUGUUGACAUUUAUAGUUUAAUAUCAAACAUUGUAAAAUCUUUUUAGAUGUAUUGAUAAACAUGAUCAUAAACAUUCUGUUUAA